UCCCACUCUUCAGACAGCCCUGGCACUCCUGACCUCGAAAAUAUCCAUGGGAUGACCCACCCGCUUCCCAAUGGCGCUGUGCCCGCCGCGAACUCCGCUUGCGCCACUGGGGCGGAUACGGCCGACCUUGCUGGGCGAUGCGAGAAUCUCAUGGCGGCCAGGUUUUUCGGCACGGCGGGAGGUUUUUUUCUCGCCCAGCUGCCCUGGGCUUGGCGGUGGCCCUUCGUCCCGCCUUCCAGCGUGCGCGGCGCCGGCCAAAGCAGUUCGGCGUGCGGUCCGAGGUGUGCGUCCGCUCGCGGGCGCCGGAUCUCCAGCGCCGCUGGGAAGCUUUAGAGAUCGAAAUCAUGGAAACGGAGGUCUCCCAGGACCUGCUCCAAAUUGAGAAAGAGAUUGCCACAGGUGUGCGCUGCCAUCCGGAUACGGAGGCGCGCGUCUUCUCGGCUUCACACCCAAACGCGCCGGUGACCUUCUACCGGGACGGCAGCGCGCUGUGCCCGGACUGUCAGGCGGUGUGGCUGCUGCUGGAAGCCAAAGAGAUCAACUAUACUGUGGUGAAAGAAGACUUGCGUGCCCAUGGCAGGAAGUCUGAGGAAUUCUUAAGGAAGGUUCCCAGCGGAUCACUGCCGGCGAUCGAAGCGCGGGGCCGUUGGGCUACCAACAGCUUGGAUGCCAUGUUCCUCUUGGAGCAUCUGUAUCCGAACCCGCUGAAGCCGAUGUUCCCCUCCUUCUCCCGGCUCCGUUUGCGAGCUCUGGAACUGCUGGAGCUGCACCGAGCUCUCAUGAAUGCCUGGAGCACCUACAUGUUCCGGGAGGAAAAGCCCUUCCUGAACGAGAGUGCGGUGGACUUUCAAGCUGCCUUGGAGCAGGUCCAGAAUGCUUUGGAGAACAGUGACACACGCUGGUUCUUGCCAUACCAGCACCCCAGCAUCGUGGAUAUCCAGUAUGUCUGCAGUAUGGAGCGCAUCGUUGCGAGCGCCAUGUUCUUCAAGGCGAUGGAUCUGCGGGAGAUGUUCCCACGCAUCGACGAGUGGCUGGGAGAAUUGGAGAAACUGCCCUGGUAUCGUGCGACCAAAGGCGACUUCUACAGCCACUGCAUGGCGCUGGCACCACGCUAUGGGCCAGCUGUGCCUGUGAUGCUGCAGAGAUCUCAGCGGAUCCGUGAUCAGCUGAUGCCUGCGAAUUAUCCGCUGCCGUUCCGAUUCGAGCGCGACAUGGAAGCCUUGCUGGAGUCCGACCGCACCCAGCGGCUGCAUCAUGUAGAGGCUUCUUGGGCACUGCUGAAGAAUCGGGACUCCUUGGUGCGCUACAUGUGCCGUGCAGCUGGAGGGCAGCUGGGACUCUGGGCGCGGAACCGAAGGGAUCGGUCCCAACUGGCGGAUCCGGAGGCUGCCGUGCUGGAGCCCUUACUGCUUCCCUUGGAAGUCUUGCUUUGCACCGUGGCGGAGGUGACCUUUGAAGAGGCCAAGCCUGAAGAGGUCCAGCUGCGCCUGCGCGACGCCGCUCAGGCGAUUCCGCAGCUGUGGCCUCAGCUGUCCCUGUGCCUGGCCUACUUGAGGGACCGAAUCGGCGUUCCUCGAGACUUACCGCUGCCCACAGCCAAGCUCUUGAGAGCAUACCUCGCCGAGUCCUGCCGGGCAUUAAAGCGCACGGAAUGAUUGAAAGUAUUGGGCAAAUCGCCCCAAACGAUCAUUCAAGAAGCACGAUGCUGCGGGCUGAAUGCUUUCAGAUUGGGGG